AUGAAUGCAGCCUCAUCAAACAGACACGCAAAAAAUAGUCGAAAAACCACGUCAUCUACUGGAUCUUCAAUAAAUACACCAUCUACAAACAAGAAUGUAGCUAUAAAUUAUAGAAAUACUCCCCUUAAACAACUAAACAGACGUAGAUUUCUUCGAACAGGAUUUGUUUAUGAUACUGCAAUGUCAUAUCAUGCUACUCCGGAUCCAAUGGAAAUUCACCCUGAAGACCCACGUAGAAUUUUUAAGAUAUUUAACAUUCUAGAAAGAAAUGGUUUGUUAAAUGAAUGUAAGCGUAUUAAAAGUCGAAGGGCAACAAAAAAUGAGAUCUUACUCGUACAUAACAUCAUUCACUAUAGAAAAUUAAGAGAGACAUCAGAUCUAAAUAAAAGUCGUGCAGAUUUUAUAGCUAUGGAAAAUGACUAUGAUUCUAUUUAUUUAAACAGUAACUCAUUUGAAAGCGCAUUAUAUGCUGUAGGAAGCUUAAUUGAGCUUGUUAGUGCAGUUAUUAGAAAUCAAAUAAGAAAUGCACUUGCUAUCAUUAGACCACCUGGACAUCAUGCUGAAUCUGAUGUCCCGAUGGGAUUUUGCUUAUUUAAUAACGUUGCUAUUGCUACUAAAGCUUGUAUGAAACAAUUAAAUGUUAAAAAAAUCUUAAUUGUUGACUGGGAUAUUCAUUUUGGUAACGGAACUCAAAGUAUAUUUUCAGAAGACCCUAAUGUUCUCUAUAUUUCAUUGCAUCGAUAUGAGGAUGGUUCAUUUUAUCCUAGUGAUAGAAAAGGCUCAGCUGAAUACACAGGCCAUGGAAAAGGUAUAGGAAAAACAGUAAACAUACCAUGGCCAUGUGCUGGUAUGACGGAUGCUGAUUAUAUUUAUGCCUUCCGUGAAAUUGUUAUACCUAUUGCUAUGGAAUUUAGCCCAGAUAUUGUAAUUGUUUCUGCUGGUUUUGACGCUGCUUGUAACGACCCUAUUGGUAAAUGUAAUGUAACUCCAACAGGAUACGGCCAUAUGACACAUAUGCUUAAGGCAAUUGCAAAUGGCAAGUUGGUUAUUGCCUUAGAAGGUGGCUAUGAUCUUAACUCUAUUGCAGUUUCAGUUUUAGCCUGUAUGAAUGUAUUACUAGGUGAUGCACCUGAUCCUGUCCAAACAGACUUAUAUCCAAAGAAAGAAUGUUUAAAGACUAUAGAACUUGUAAAAAGCGUUCAAAAGAAAUAUUGGAAAUGUAUUUCAUAG